AUGUGCAUUGUGGGCGGAGAUAAUGUUACCUUGGUGACUGAAAUUUCUCAUACGAAAAAAUCUUUAGCUGAUGCAGUUAAUGUAGAGCUUAAGGUUACCUGGCCUGAGUAUAUUGUGAUUAAAAAUUUCACAAGUGAUAAGCUGCUUAAAAACUCGACAAAAGACCAAAAUAAAAUUGUAUUGCAGUACUCAAAGAUUCUGCAAAAUGUUACUGUCACUGUUAACAUAACUGCACAAGCUGAUCCUUAUCAUUUGUUGAAAUCACGUGACACGGUAGCAUCGUUUUUCUCCUUAACAUUACGAUAUUUUGGUCCCCAUGACUUGUGUCAGAGUCCCGUUGAUAAAUGGAACGCAAGAUCUACUUCAACUAAUGUACUCUUUUCUUUUACGCCUGUCGGGGAUUGUGAAAAUGAGAUUGAACUUCGUGAAAGUUACUUCUCUGCGUCUUCGUUUGGUGAACAGUCUUCUCCCUAUCACGCUAGUUUUGCGCAUGACCUUGUUUGGAUACCCGCUGUCACUGACAGUCGCCAGUAUUUACAGAUUACGUUUGAACAACUUCUGCGCAUCACAAAGAUGGAUAUUAAAGGAAAUGGAAAUCUUAUUUCGCCAAAAUAUGUGAAGAAAUUCGUUCUUUACUACAGCAGAAAUGAAUUUGAAUGGUCGUUAGCUUAUUCUUCUUUUAAUUAUCAUGAAUUUGAUGGAAACACUGACUCAACGUUGGUAAAACGAAUUGCGUUUAAGGUGGCGAUGGAAGCUAAAGUUCUCAGGAUUGUGCCUAAACUUUGGAAAAAUGAAAUUGCCAUAAAGUUGCGGCUGUUUGGAUCCGGCCCUCAGCCAUUAGAAAUGUCAACAUCAAGACAGGAACACGUCAUUGAUCUUGAUGAUAAAUACGUCAUCACGCAGGUUGCUGUACAAUCCAAAUGUAAAACCACAGAUGGAUUGAUAAAGCGGUUUGAAUUCUACGAAAAGAGUAAUGGUAAAAAGACGUCCUUUCCAGAAAACUCAAUGAGCAAGACUUUUCUUGACAAUCUUAUCAAAGAUACGACAAUACGUCACAAACUGUUUGAACCAAUCAUUGCACGUCAUGUACGUAUUGAGCCUACGAAGUUAUCCAACCUUAGCUGUCUGAGAUUUAAGUUUUAUGGUCAUAAAGAAAAUGAUGAACUUAUUUCAGCGGUGGAUUGGCACCAGGGAAAAUCGAAUGAAUGCAAGACAAACUCCCGGGGGGGUGCAGGAGAUGCUCCCGUUGGGGAACUCACAUCUCCGCCAUUUAUCAUCCAUUCAUCAAAGCUGUACUUCUUGUUUGCCGGCUCAGCUUAUGCGUCGAAGGCUCGAGUAGAAUUGUUGGUCGGAGGUCUGGUAGUGAGGUCUAAGUCUUCAUCAACUGGGAGCGAGUCUUUAGUUCAAAUAAGGUGGAAUGUUAGCGACCUGUUGGGCAGAGAGGCUCAAAUACGUCUUGUGGACAGCGGCAACGAUACCUUUGUCAGUUUCGAUGGAUUGAAGAGCAAUUGUCGCUUCAAAGAAGUUCUGUUUCCCGUUUUCGAACGAAGUUUUCUUCUAAAUCGUGUAAAGAACAUACUUUAUGUAUGUCACAUUCACCACGAAAGGAGACCAUCUGAUCCAAUAUGUCGAUUGACAUUUGAUAAUGGACAAACAUGGCAAGAUCUCAGUCGUAUUUAUGGUUUACUUGGUGUAAAUGAGACCACAGGGCAACUAUACGGAGUAUCUAUGGAUAGAAGAUAUGUCUUAAUAAGUCCUGAUUCGCGGGGAAAGGUGUGGACUGAGAUGAAGAACGAUACGUGGAAUGUUGUAAAGAAAACCCUGAACCAUGUGGUUCAAAUACCUCAUAUUCCUGUCACUGGCCACUCAGAAACGGAUGCGCCUUUUUCCUUUCUUACGUUGACUGCAAAAACUGGAGACAGUUUUUCAGCUUCAUCUUUGGGAAUUCAUCAUAAAUCAUCUGUAAAAAAUUGGACAAUUAUUGCCCGCUGGGAAUGUGAGGGUUAUCACAAUGAAUGUGUGAGCAAUCCUUGUAAUAAUGGAGGGACUUGUGGGAUAACGUCAAAUGGACAGUAUAACUGUUCCUGUCCUUUAGGAUUUUCUGGAACAAAUUGUGAAAAUGAAACGGACUGCUCUCCCGAUAUUUGUCAAAAUGAUGGUGUAUGUUUUGACGUUGCUGGUGUAAAUGAUUCCUAUUGUGUGUGUAAACCGUAUUUCACUGGGAAAAUUGUGACAAAAAUGUGUAAUUCUUUAUUUCCAGACAUUGAUGAUUGUUUAUCCUCUCCGUGUUUUCAUGGUGCCAAGUGUAUAGACGGCCUUGGGAAUUUCACAUGUGAAUGUCCACCUGGAUAUGUUGGAGAAUUUUGUAACGUUGAAAUAAAUGAAUGCGCUAGUAUUCCAUGUCAAAACGAAGGGUUGUGCAUUGAUCACGUGAACAACUAUACAUGCUAUUGUCGCACAGGAUAUUCAGGUGUAAAUUGUGAAAACGUUCAUACAAGCGCUUUUGAGGUUAUAAGCAAAAACAAUGCAAUUUUUAAAUCGUCCAGUUUUAUCGUUGUUGAAGCACGUAUUCCAAGUGAUGGUCGGUCAGUUCGUCUUACUUGGUGUCAUGAAUACACUGAACUCUGCUAUUCGUUGAAUAAAAGGCCAACCGGAUGUGAUCGUUCGUUCAAUCACAUCAUUGAAAAACACCAAUGUCAUACUUUAUAUGACUCAGUGAUGAUGCACAAUAGCACAUUGGGUUGCCCGUCAAAUGAAAUUGUUGCAAAUAUUGCAAGGAAUGCUGGGUACACUAAUGCCACGUCUACAAACUCUUUUGCGUUUUCAAAAUGUGGAUCAGAAGAUUGCACAAAUAUGUUACCAAAAACUGGUUGCCAUGGUGCUUUAUAUUGCAUUAAUCAAGGUACACGCGUCGUAUAUACGGUAUGUGCUGAUUCAGAUAGUAACUUUAUGGUUGAAAAAAAGUCUAGCACAAUCUUUCAACGUUUCAAGUAUCUUGCUUUGAAUAUAAAACCAUUGAGUAAUACAUCGAGACACGAUACUUGGUGUAAAGAUUAUCAAAGGCUCUGCGAGUCUUACGGAAAACGACCAAUUCAAUAUGGUGUUUUGGAAAAGAGAGGUAUGUCAGACGGCAGUUGUACGGAGGAUUUUUUUUCGAUAAUGUUUCCAAGAAAUGAUUUAGGAAUCACCAAUAAAGACUUUGUUAAGAGAAUAUCUCAAAAUGCCGGAAUACCAUCGAUUGCUCAUACUUUUAACUUUCAUUCAUGCGCAUUUGGUUAUUGUACAAAUAAUCUUUCUGUCUGUUCUGCUUUGAACUGCUUGAAUUCUUCUUCUUACACUUAUCAAACUCUAUGUACUGAAGUCCCGACUGGGUUUUCUGUCCUAGAAGAACGAUGGAUUACGUAUAAUAAAGUGAAAUUUCUUGUCAUCAAAGCUAGAUUACCACGUGAUAAAGUGUCGAUUUAUGAGGACUGGUGUCGAGAUUAUGCCACUCUUUGCGAAUCUUAUGGUCUUAAACCGACAGGAAGUGAUCUCAUACAGGAUGUUGAGUAUACUUCUUGUAGGGACAAGUAUGGUUCUCAUAUGAUGGAUAGGGGUUUUUUUGGGAACUCAUCAAAAUCCAUCAUAGCCAACAUUGCAAAGAAAGCAGGAUUUGCAGCAGCAAGCGUGAAUAACUCAUUUGGUCUUCAUAAAUGUUCUCGUUGUACCUCUGUUUUAUCUUCAGAAAAUUGUGACGGUCUAGGAUGUGUAAGAACAACGCGAAACGACGACGUUUAUACGUUGUGCGUAAAACAACAAAUUGUUGUUUUGGAUAAGAAAACUGGCUUGUAUGAUGAUAAACCUUAUAUUGCUGUUAAAGUAAAGGCUUCAAAUAAUGUAUCAGUAAAUUGGACUGAGAAAUACGCGAGAAUAUGUUCGAAUCUCGGACGUAAAGUUAUUUCGUGCAAGAAAAAGGAAAGUUUGAGUUCAAGGCAAAGCAAAGCCAGUUAUAUUGACUCUUCCAAAGAAACGAUAACUUCUCAACAUAUUGAGUCCAACUAUGUCUCAGUGACGCUAAGGUCGACUGCUGUGAAUGCCUCGAGUGAAACAAUAAAGAUGACAGAUUCUACUACCUCCACACCAACUUUAACAGAUGCAACCAUAAAGAUGACAGAUUCUACUAUCUCUACACCAACUUUAACAGAUGCAACCAUAAAGAUGACAACUUCUACUAUCUCCACACCAACUUUAACAGAUGCAACCAUAAAGAUGACAGAUUCUUCUAUCUCCACACCAACUUUAACAGAUGCAACCAUAAAGAUGACAGAUUCUUCUAUCUCCACACCAACUUUAACAGAUGCAACCAUAAAGAUGACAGAUUCUUCUAUCUCCACACCAACUUUAACAGAUGCAACCAUAAAGAUGACAGAUUCUUCUAUCUCCACACCAACUUUAACAGAUGCAACCAUAAAGAUGACAGAUUCUUCUAUCUCCACACCAACUUUAACAGAUGCAACCAUAAAGAUGACAGAUUCUUCUAUCUCCACACCAACUUUAACAGAUGCAACCAUAAAGAUGACAGAUUCUUCUAUCUCCACACCAACUUUAACAGAUGCAACCAUAAAGAUGACAGAUUCUUCUAUCUCCACACCAACUUUAACAGAUGCAACCAUAAAGAUGACAGAUUCUUCUAUCUCCACACCAACUUUAACAGAUGCAACCAUAAAGAUGACAGAUUCUUCUAUCUCCACACCAACUUUAACAGAUGCAACCAUAAAGAUGACAGAUUCUUCUAUCUCCACACCAACUUUAACAGAUGCAACCAUAAAGAUGACAGAUUCUUCUAUCUCCACACCAACUUUAACAGAUGCAACCAUAAAGAUGACAGAUUCUUCUAUCUCCACACCAACUUUAACAGAUGCAACCAUAAAGAUGACAGAUUCUUCUAUCUCCACACCAACUUUAACAGAUGCAACCAUAAAGAUGACAGAUUCUUCUAUCUCCACACCAACUUUAACAGAUGCAACCAUAAAGAUGACAGAUUCUUCUAUCUCCACACCAACUUUAACAGAUGAAACCAUAAAGAUGACAGAUUCUUCUAUCUCCACACCAACUUUAACAGAUGAAACCAUAAAGAUGACAGAUUCUUCUAUCUCCACACCAACUUUAACAGAUGAAACCAUAAAGAUGACAGAUUCUUCUAUCUCCACACCAACUUUAACAGAUGAAACCAUAAAGAUGACAGAUUCUUCUAUCUCCACACCAACUUUAACAGAUGCAACCAUAAAGAUGACAGAUUCUUCUAUCUCCACACCAACUUUAACAGAUGCAACCAUAAAGAUGACAGAUUCUUCUAUCUCCACACCAACUUUAACAGAUGCAACCAUAAAGAUGACAGAUUCUUCUAUCUCCACACCAACUUUAACAGAUGCAACCAUAAAGAUGACAGAUUCUUCUAUCUCCACACCAACUUUAACAGAUGCAACUAUAAAGAUGACAACUUCUACUAUCUCCAAACCAACUUUAACAGAUGCAACCAUAAAGAUGACAACUUCUACUAUCCCUCCAUCAACCGCCACGACAAGUGCAAAUCCUUACAAAUGUCCAUUUCCCAGCAAUAACGUCCGCGUUAAGAACUUUACAGAAAAAACACAUUGUAACGACUCCGAUCAUUUUGUUAGAGUUAUCAAAAAUCUAGGAUUUACUAAUGCGACAAGCUUAAAUGUGUACAAUACUGAUAUUUACGGUGACAACUUUAUACCUAACAAUGAUAUCAUUUACAUGCUCUGUGAAGGAACGGAUUCAAAUUUCGACGUUAUUUCUAUGAAAUCAGCAAUGGUCAAUGGACGGGAAUAUUUAGUUUUAGAAACGAAUUUGCCCUCAAAUAGUUUGUCUCGCUACAAUGACUGGUGCCAGGAUUAUGAAAAUUUGUGCCAUUCAUAUGAAAAGCAGCCUAUUAAAUGUGGACAGAAGGCAUGCUGGGACGCGUAUAACUCACUUUUUCCUGCUUAUAACGACUCAGUUUGUCCUUUGGAGACAGGAGUUUCGUGUAUUGCUAAUUUAACAGGCUAUUUGAACGUCCCACCUCGCAACAGUUUAGCUUUUUCUCCAUGUAACUACUGGGCCUGUAACAAAAGCUUCAAUAAUUUCAAAUUGACGAAUACAUUACGCAUGGAGUCUGACAGACCGCUGUACACUUUGUGCGUUGGUUCAAACACAAGCUUCAUUGUGUUAUCUACUGCAGAUGUUUCCUAUCAUGGUAACAAGUACAAAAUUAUCAAAGCCAAGCUACCGUAUAAUAAUGCAUCACAAGAGAUCACAUGGUGUGAUGAUUAUAGGAAUCUUUGUAGUUCGUACGACUGGAGACCUCUGGUAACGUCACAAAUUGCUUACGACAGCUGUAGGCAUGGUUACGACGUUAUAUUGCCUCCAGAAAAUGAACUAUUAACAAAUAAUAAACUUAAACAUCUUACCAAGUUAGCUGGCUACAAAAAUGCAGAAAAUAUCAUUGUGUUUCGUCAGGUAUGUACCGAAAACUCUUGUUCUCGUCUCAACAAUGCUUUUUUCUCGAAGUCUGAGCUAGUUAUUAAUUUGACCAGCACUUUUGUAAACAAUGGCAUUGUCUAUGCGGUCUGCAUAAACAGCAAUACGAAUUUCCACGUGCUACACAGCAACAGUAUAAAAUACGAAAACCGGACCUAUCUGGUUUUGAAAACACAAAUUCCCAAUCAUGGUGUUUCAAAGUACGACAACUGGUGUAUUGACUACCAACGUGUCUGUCUUGAGCGUGGCAUGAGGCCUGUUACAAUUAUAUCAUCAGAAAGUGAAGCUGGGUCACGUGCUGGUCAUGUGGGUACGUGUAUCCCUCACUACAGGUCUGUCUUGAUUACAUGGGAUGAAACGUCAAAAGUUAUUCCUUGUGAGAAAGUCGCCAUCUUGGCUAAUCUUUCUGGAUAUCAUGACGUGACCUGUAACAACUCGUUCGUGAUUUCUGAUUGCAAUCCUAGCUUGUGUCCCCGUUUUCUCAGUUCAAAAUGUGCUUCGGGUCUUGACUGUCUUUAUAAAAACAUGAUGUUUUUUAUACAAUAUGUACAGAGGAUAAAACUAAAUGACUUUGAAAAUCUAAAAGGACUAAUGAACGAGAGUUUUCUGACUGAGCAUUCAAGCAUAUUUAUGCCUGGAGAUGGUGAAAGACCGCUCUCUUGUUAUGAGGUUGGAAAUUCACAACAGUACAAAAAUCGUGCAAAUUAUAAUAUAAUUUUGUCGCAUUUCAAGACCUGUCCUGAUGUCAGUUCUCUAAGAUCUUUGGUCACAAAAGCAGGCUUUAAAACACCCGAGAAUAUAUUGGUAUUUGAAAGCACUCGUGUGCCACGUGAUCAUCUUGUGGUAGAGAACAUAUCAUCUUUGUUCUGGCCAAAGAAUUGCUGUGAUUGUGCUCAUUUAUCCAUUAGUAAAUCCUCCCUUGUCGAUAACAAACUUGUUAAAUUAAUUCAACAGGAUUCUGAAUUCGCACGUGAUUGGAUGAUUUGCGUCAAACGAUAUAGUAAAGUUUCAAAUCUAUUAAACAAUUGUUCAGCUGCACGUGACUGCCUUAAUAACACACAAUUGAAUAUUUCAUCGUGUGAGAUCAUUUCUCUCUGUUACCAUAGCAACUGCACUGAAUGCUGUCCUUGUGAAGUGAACCAAAUUCAUAUAUCCGGAUGCCCUAACGAAAAAAUUUGCUCAAAUAUAUCUUCCGAUAAAGAAGUGUAUGCGUUUUGCUCCGAAUUUGCUCCGACAAAUUUCCAAGUUGAGGACGUGAGAACAGUUGUGUACGCUGACCAAUCAUUUACUGUAGUAAAGGCUCAAACUCCUGCGCAUGGCCAAUCACGGAUGGCGAACUGGUGUGAAGACUAUAAAACACUGUGUGAGGUCUUUGGCAAACGACCAGUUGGGUGUGGAAAGAAUUUUGAUAUUUUAAAGACUUCUCGUGACUGCCGAACACAUUAUGAUGCAGUGAUGCUGAAUGAUAUAUCUUGUCCAGGCUCUCACAAUGUUACGAGAGUAGCAAAGCAUGCUGGGUAUCCUGCUGUAUUGAACGAAAGCCUUGGUUUAUGGGAUUGUUCAAUGUGCUCUGCAUACAUCAAUAAAACUUGGAAUAAAACCUCCACCUUUGAUGGUACAAGUAACGUUUACUUGUUUUGCGCUGGUUCCAAUAGUAACUUUGAUGUUCUUGAAAAACGCGAUGUUAAACAUGAUGGCUCCUUAAUUUCUGUUCUCAUGACAACAAUACCGCAUCCUGGUCAAUCACUUCACGAUAACUGGUGUACAGAUUACUCACGAUUGUGUCAGUCAUAUGGCUUACGUCCCAUUGGAUGUGGUAGAUCAGCGGAUGUUAGUGUAGAGCAUGCUCAAUGUCGUGAGAGAUAUAACGCACUCAUGUACUCAGACAACACGUUAAGCUGUACAAACGUUGAUUUAUUUAAUAUUUCCAAUUCGGCAGGAUUUUCUGAAGCCAACAAACUGAAUACGUUAAUAUUCAGAUCUUGUUUAUCAAACGAUUGUAGCAAGUUUCUACCCUCUCAAGAACAUCCUUUUACGAAAUUUGAAUUGAACAUGUCCAAACGUGUAUUAUACACCAUGUGCGCAUCUUCCGAUAGUGCUUAUGAGGUAUUAGCUACGAAGACUAAAAACGUAUCGGGAGUGGAGUUUCUCGUGGUUCGAGCAGCGAUACCGAUUGAUGGCCGAUCAAAAUACAUCAAUUGGUGUGAAGAUUAUCGAAAGUUGUGUGAGGGAUAUGUAAUGAAGCCGCUAACAUGUUCUAAAACGAAGUCAAAGAGAGGUUGUGCACGUAUGAAUUUGACGCAAAAUCCGAAGCUUGGCUUUGAUGACGUGACUAUAAAAAACUCGUUCACCAUGGAAACAUGUGACGGUGAAUCAUCGUGUGUCAAUAAAAUACCACAUGAAAGAUGUGUGAAUACAACGUAUAAUGACACCAUUUUUGAAACAAAGUCAACUGAAGUUAACAUUACACGUGUGGAUUAUUUCGUUUAUAUGAAUAAAUCAAUCCAAGUCAAUUUGACAGAUAUGAAUUUGAAUAAAUCAAUCCGAGUCAAUUUGACAGAUAUCAACAAUAUCACAGCAGUCUUACGACAUGAAAUAGUUGAAAGUGAACGACGACAUUGUUUUCUUGUUGAUGUUGGCAAUCCAGUUUACAUGGUAGGCAACGAAACUUUGAUCAAUAAGUAUGCUAAUGAAUCAUGUGAAUCGAAUUUUGAUAAAAGCAAUGCCUACGUAAAUUUAACCAUGUUUAAUACUACUGCCAAUCAAACGUUUAAAUACAUAAAACGUCGUGUCGUGACUAAAUGCGUUUUCUUGACCAACAAUUCGUUGGCUCGUAUGUCUGGUGAAGUAAACACGGUUUGUAUGCGACCAGCAAGUAGCACAAGUUUUAGAGUACAAAGCACUCGUCAAGUUACCGGACAAGGCCGGAAAUAUCUUAUAAUUCAAGCAAAAAUUUUAUCCUCUGUUUCUAAGUCCUUGAAUUGGUGUAUGGAGUAUUCAAAUUUAUGUAAAGCAUAUGAUGGUUCACCAUUGGCAUGUCCACGAAAAUUUACUUACAAUAGAGACUAUAGGAAAUGUUCAAUACGUUAUGGUGGUAUUUUGAUGAGCAAUGUUGAUUACUCUUGUCCAUCGAAUGGUUAUGUAUCACAACUGGCACGACUUGCUGGUUACAAGGAAGCUUCUUCGACCAAUUCUUUUUCUCUGGUAAACUGUGUUAAAUGCUCAUCCAAGCUUCCGUUGAUGGCAUGCAGUGAGUCUCUUCACUGCUUGAAUCAUGAAGUCCUACAAACUAACGUUUACACGGCUUGCGUUGUCUCCAGUUCUGAUAGCAAUUUUAAUGUGAUUGAAGCUCGAAGGAAGAACAUCUCUUCACGUUAUUACACUAUUAUUCGGGCAAGAAUUCCUGACGAUAGCAAUCCUUUGUUUGAGUCCUGGUGCAAGGAUUAUCAAAACAUGUGUGAAUCAUUAAACGUACAACCAAUGUACUGUAAAGGGUUGACUGCAGAAGAUACUCGUCUAUCCAAACAAAAAUAUGGUGCAGUGGUAACUGAUAAUUCUACAUUUGGUUGUCCAAUUAGAGUUUUUGAAAUGGCCAGAAAUGCAGGUUAUGACGGGACAAGUAAUACGACUUCGUUUUCUUUUCAUAGAUCGACGUAUUGCUAUGAUAAGUUAGAGGUUUCCAAUUGUCACAAGGCUUUGAAUUGCCUGACUAAAAGUUCACAACUUAAAGAGGUUUACACGAUUUGCGGGGAACACGAUGAUACAAAUUUGAAACCGCUUAACACAAAAUUUUUGCGUUUUGGCCGAUACAAAUUUCGGGUUAUCCAAGCUAAGGUAAUCAAGCGUACCUCUCGAAAUUUGAACUGGGAAAAAGAUUAUCAAAAAUUAUGCGAGUCUUUCGAUGAGUUGCCCACCGGCUGCAGAGUGACACCUGCAUAUGCUAAUCCAGAAAUUACAAAAUGUCAAUCAAAAUACAAUGCGUAUGUUUUGCCCGGGAACGAGCUUGGUUGUAAUCCAAAUUACCGGAUUUCUGAGUUGGCCCGAAGUGCUGGAUUCGUGGAGGCCCGUCCAAAUAAUUCCUUUGGGUUUUCGUACUGUAGUAAUUCUUCGGGUUCCAAUCUUUCUACGAGUUGUCACCAAAGUUUACCAUGUCUUUUAUGGAAUGAUGCAAAUCCUAUUGUUUAUACUGUUUGUGCAAAGAAACCCAUUAAAAGCAAUUUCGUUGUCUUGGAACUGAAACCUGUAACAUAUAGUAACAUGGACUUCAUAGUCAUUCGUUCUAAGAUCCCCGAGGAUGGGAAAUCGCGCAAAGAAAACUGGUGCCGAGACUACGAAGAACUUUGUACGAGUUACAACAUGCUACCGACUGGAUGUGGAGGGAAGUACACAAAUAAUGCAAACUACUCCUUGUGUAGUGAAAAGUAUAGAUCGUACAUGCCUGCAAGUGAUAUGUUGACAUGCGGUGAUGGAACAGUUGUCAGCAAGAUUGCCAGAAAAGCUGGAUUUAAAAAUGCAUUACCAAAGAACAGCUUUUCGUUUCAUGAUUGUGGAAAGUGCUCAAAGACGUUAACAGAUCGAUGUGACGAUGCCUUAUAUUGCAUGAACAAGUAUGCAUGGAAACAAGAAGUUUACACUGUUUGUGCGAAUCCUAAAACUGCGUUUAAUGUUCGUAGAACGUUGGUGACAACUUUAGAUAAUGUUUCGUAUCGCGUAAUUGAAGCAAAGUUAGGCAAUGAUGGACGAGCCAUAUCUGAAACUUGGUGUAAGGAUUACGUAAACCUGUGUAGAAUGUUCAAUGCACGACCUCUCGCUUGUUCAAAUGAUAACUAUGAUUGUUUCAGAGCGUACGGUGCUCUGCCAUCAUCCAUCUCUUGUGAUGGAAUGAACGCUUCUAAUAUCGCCCUGCAGGCUGGAUUUUCUAAUUCAAAUGUUGGAAACACAUUUGUAUCGAACAAUUGCAACCGUUGCUCAAAGAUCAAUUACAACUUAUCUGACUAUGUUUAUGCCAUUUGUGCGUUAAAUCGUCUCAACUUUAAAAUUAUAAAUUUCGAGAAAGUUUUUGUUUUUGGUAAUAUGCUCACCGUUGUGUUUGCGAGGUUGCCAGAGCACGUGUUGACCAUGCAGUGUAGAGAUUAUUCUGAAUUGUGUCGUGCUAUUGGUCAGAAUCCAGUCGCUUUCCAUCGGGGGUUUGUGACCGAAGAUAUUCUGAAAUGUCGUGAUCAAUACAGUGCUGUUGUAAUGAAAAUCUCUGAGGACGCUAUUCAUCUUAUUGCUCGUAAAGCUGGAUUUAGUGAAGCGAAUUAUGGAAAUACCGUGGCAUUCAAAAAUUGCUCAAAGUCUAGUUGUCAAAACAAACCAUAUUCUUACAAAUGUAGUAAAUCAUUACACUGCUUAAAUGGAAAAACAAAGAAGAUUUACGGAUUGUGUGUGGAAAAUACGCGGCAUUCAAACUUCUACGUACUAAACAAUAAGACAGUAAAAGUAAAUGGUCUUUCGUAUGUUGCAUUAAAAGUCCGCAUUCCAGACCAUCGCCUCUCUAAGUAUGAAAAUUGGUGUCGAGAUUAUGAACAGUUAUGUCGCGUCUACGGCAUGAGACCAUUGUCCAGCAAAGUAAAUCGAAAAUGUACCAUUGGAUAUUAUUGUAUAAACGAUACAAAACUAUACUCGCACACACUUCCUGAGGUAUUCAAGCAAGCUGCCUUUGCAAACGUGACAAUGGAUGACGUAUACACUCUCAGUGAUUGUGAUAAAGAGGAAUGUGAUAUGACGUUUAUGAUACCUCAAUGUGUGAACAGAGCAUGUUCACAGUUUAUCCAUCAGCGCACCAUAUUCUACUCUGUGUGCGCAAAGAUGAAAGAAAACUUGCGCACUAAUUUUGAAAGCAUCGAAAUUCGUACUGAAGGUACGUUCAUGGCGGCAAAAGUGCGCUUGCCUUUGCAUGGACAAUCCAGAACAGAAAAUUGGUGUCGAGAGUAUGAAACGUUUUGUAAAAGCUAUUCUCGUCAGGCUUACUCUGUUCAAACAAAUAGUGCUUCAUGUUCAACGUUUUACAACUCAACUUUAUCCCAGAACGAUAUUUUAGCGAAUGAUAUCGUCAAGAAGGCUGGAUUUAAUGACGUACCAAAGAAAUGUGUAUCUACUCUAUAUAAUUGUGAUUUUUGUCAGAAAAAUCUUGAUCCUAGUAACUGUCCUUUCAACGAUUGUCUAGCCGCUGCAAUCACAUGUAACGAACUAUAUAUUAUAUGCUCUUGACUUUCUUCCUUAUAUGACUCUUUCUAAUGAAAGCAUAUGUAACAGCGACCUUGAACCUUUAGUUAUAACGUAAGUUGAAGUAUGAUGUAUGUAGAUGAAGUAUACAGAUAGAAAAUGCAAACAUUAUAACUUAGAUGAAGUAUGAUGCUAUGAAUAUUGACUGCAAUGCAAGCCAAAGAUAGUCACAUAAAGAUAUAUAACGUAUGUCAUUAUAUACAAUUAUACAACCUAGUUUCACUUAA